AUGGCUAUCUCUACCAGUAGUGAUGCCAGUGCCUUCCUCUUCCUCACGAUCUUGUGUUUCGCUACACUUCGCCCUUCACCUGUCAACGCCAGGCAUUUCCCUGGUAAGCUUGGCAGUACCAGCGCCAUCCAUGGCGCCGGCAGCAAGUUCUACUGGCCCUUCUCAAGGGACGGCGCCGGCAGUGGCCAUGGCUCCGGAACCGGCCAAGGGUUCGGUUGGGUUGUGUCGCGGAACGGGUCCGACACGACCAUCGGGGUGGGCGUCGGCAUCGGCGGUGGCGCGGGAAGCACCCGCGACGGCGACGGGGGCAGCGCCGGUGGUGGUGUUGGCGCCGGGGUCGGCAUCGACAUCGGGAAGGACGGGAUCGACGUGGCCAUCGGCGUCGGCGGAGGGGGCGCCGCGAGCAUGCACAACGGCGGCGUCAGUGUCGGUCUUGGCGGCGGGGAAGGCUUUGGUUUCCAUAUCAGCAAAGAAGGUGUCACUGUCACGGUGACACGCGGAGAUGGUGGUGGAGGAGGCGACGGCAGCGGUGCCGGUGCUUUGGGCGGCGGCAGAGGGGUUGGACGCGCAGGCAAUGCCGUGGGGAGCGGCCAAGGUUCUGGGAGCGCGAUCGGUGGCACGGGGAGCGGCGGCGGGAGUGGCUCCGGCUCCGGGCCAGGAGGAUCCGGUGGCGGUGGAGGCGGCAGCGCCGGCGGGAGCAACGGCCACCCGUGAGCACGAUGUGUGUUCAGUUAUGAUGCAUGUUAGCGAAUCCAUGUGUGAUCAGAUUAUCUCUAGUGUGUAGGCCUGUAAGGUUGACGUGUGGAACAUGUAGGCCGACGUGAGGAAUAUGAACUAAGCUAUGUGUGCAAGUGUUGAUGAA